AUGAGUGGCGACUGCGCAAUCUACAGCAUCGGCGAAGGGGUUUCUGACAGCUCUGUGUUUCUGAUGACCGCAUGGAACCAUAACGCUGCCAGGCACAAGUCGCUUGGGCGGCCCAGCAAGGAGCGCGCUCUGCACGAAACUGUGCACUGGGACACCAUCGGGAAUCCACACUGCACCUGCGACCGGGGGCGGCUGUACUUCGGAGCCCCCUGCGUCCACAAGCUGGCGCUGCGGGGGCUGGAAGAAGCAAGGCAAGCAAGCCACAUCUCUCUGCAGAGGGGCAACCGGGUGGUGGAGGCACCUUGCACGAGACCUGGAGAGCGGGUGUUUGGCGUGUACUGGAACGCAGCAUCCCCAGGACCGCAGCGGACCAUGGUGCAUUUUGAUGACAAUGAGCAAUUCGCAUGGUAUUGCGAAGGGAGACAGGCGGGUUGCAGCAAGGUCGGCGACUGCAGCCACAUCGUGGAGGUGAAAAGAGCUCUACAGCGUCCGGACGGUGUCCACAGGCUGGAGGGGCGUCUGUUCCCGGAGGCACAGCUCGACCGGGCAAUGAUAUCCAUCCUUCAGGAAAAGAGUGUUAUGCGAGUCGAGGGGCAGGAGGCAGCAGCGAACGGCACAUCUGUGACGUGCGUCACCGAGGCUCUAAGCCCCGAUGAAGUUCAGGGGGCGCACUCGACGCAGGCCGAGCCGGACGUGCUCUGGGAGGUGGAGAGCGCGUGCACUCAUGGGGCGUCCGGGCGUGUUGCAGUUGUGCUGCCUAUGGAUGCUGAGGGCGUUCAGUUGGAAGUCCCCAAGCUGGUGCGCCCAGCAGACAGCUGGGAGGUUCACGAUCCUGAGGUGAAGCUGCUGCAACAGCCUGUGAGGGUGCUCCUGUGCGAUGGCAUCGCGGGACUCUCAUGCGCGGACGGGGGUCGACAGAAGGGUGGAUUGGGGGGAACCAACGCAGCAGGUGUGCGCCCGUUCACAGCGCCAAGUCGAGACUCCGCUGGCGUCAACGUCGAAAAGACCAUGGAACCGGGCGUCAACUAUUGCGCUGCAUCUUUGGCGGGGCGAGGGAUGAAGCGAAGAUUAGUGAUUCAACCAGAAUUGCGGGCGCUGCUUGCACGUUUCAGCGGGCAUCAUUCGAAAGACCCUGACCUUGGGAAGGAUCUAUCUCGACCCGAGUACGUGGAGCUCCUGGUUGCGCUCGAGAGGGCUGACGUUGAAGCUGUAGGCGAGUUCGUUCCAGACCCGGAUGAUGGCGAGGGGGACCCCGUCCUUCUGCACUGGAGGCGACGAGUCUUGCUGGAUCAGAUUGGUCAGAUCCGGUCGAAGAACCAAGCCACGCUCGAGCUCCUCGUGGGAAUCGAGGAAGAAGCGAUGCGUGAAGACCCACGCUGGCCCCCCCGCUGCCCCGGAAAGUGGGCAGAACUCCUCUACGGACUGGGCGCCCCUCUGGGCGACUCAGAUGACAGCAACCUCAUACAGCACGGACGAGCGCUGGCCGUCGUUCGAAAACUCCUUCUCGGGGGUGCAGCAAACGGGCAGGACAAGGCCGCCUUGGCCGAGCACUCCCCCAUCCUGCGGCGUCUGCUGGAUCACUAUGGCGACGCCUUUCCAGUCUUCUUCUUGCCCGCCCUCCACCAUCUGUAUCGGCUGACCUUGUUUGGGCGCGGAGCGAUGGGUCUCGGGGUGGGGCGAGCGGGGUGGGCGUUGUCGGCUGUGGAAGGCCUCGAUUAUUGCAUACGGAUGGCGCGCGAGUUCCGCACACAGGCAAACCCUCCGACCGCUCAGCAGUUUGAAGUGUUCCGAUUCUGGGAAGCCCGGGCCAACGAUCUACUACCGAGAGUCGAGAACUUAACCCCACCAGCCCCGCAGCAGUACUCUCUCUCCCCGGCGGAGCUCCACCUCCUGCGCGACAGGUUGGGACUCGAGGCAGACGGCUGUCAACCCCCCGAUCUUCCCCUCGAUCAUCCUUAUUGCAAAGAGCAACGUGAGCUCGGCUGCUAUCCUCUGCCAGGCUGGGAGCAGAAGCGGGCGCUCCCGCAGUACAAGCCGUUCGAGGACGAGCUCGGCAGGUCCGUCGACCAGCAGGAAGAGUACCGAUGCCGAAGUGGUCUCACGGUUGGAGAAUUCGACGAUGCCAUUGCUGCCAAGAGCAGCGCAAAGCCCAUCAAACGGCUGCAGCACACAAAGGGCGGUUUCGUAUUUCGUUGUCCGCACCGGGUUAUCUAUGGCUGGCAUGUGAUGGUCCGGGAGGAGUCACCGAGGGAUCCCUUUGCGGUGCUAUACACGCGCCUCCACCAACAGAAUCUCCCUGACUUCCUGAUCUAUGACAACACGUGUAAACUCCAAGCUUACUGCAUGAGGCGCGAGCCGGGCCAUUUUGCGGACGUCCGGUUUCUCGUAGACCGGUUCCACUUCCAACGGACUAAUGCAAAGGCUCACAAGUGCGGGCCUUCCUUCAAUCCAGAUUACUACGAUGCUGUCCAGUGGGUCAACACGUCUGCGGUGGAGUCAUGCAACUCGUUCUUCGUCGACUUCAAGGUUCUGGCUUGGUUUUCGGGAUUAGCCUCGUUUAUGAUCAUCCUAGCAAACAUUAUCAGCGGACGAAACUCAAAGCUGAGGCGGGUUGAUGACCCUAAGUUACUGAUAGCCGGAAGAGCAGACACGUGGCAAGCAGCUGUGCGAACUAAUCUAUUGAAUUAUUGA